UCUUUCGGGACUAGGAUGACUGAUGUGGAGCCAUCGCCUUACGGCGACUGCAAAUUCGUCGCUCGAGUGGAGCACAUUAAGACCCUAACCCAGGCCAUCAAGUCCAUCUGCUUUAAUGAUUAUGGAAUGCUGCAAGUCUCCGAAGAUGGUCUGCGCAUCACCGUGGAGCAGGGCAAGUCCAUCCAGGCAACGCUUUUCAUGCCGCCGGGCGCCUUCAUGGAGUUCCGCGUGCAGGACUUCCAGUGCUUCGGUGUGAAAAUGAAUGUGCUGUCGGAGUGCCUCAGUCUCUUUGGAUCCGCCGAUUGCAGCCUGCGGAUGAUGUACAGGGAUAAGGGCGAUCCCCUGAAGAUCAUCCUGUAUCCACACGACGACGAUGAUGUGAGCACGGAGUGCGCCAUCAAAACAAUGGACUGCGACGAGCCCAUUGACUACGAUCAGAAUCUGAAGGAUCCGGAUCUAAAUGUUAUUUUCGUACGCGGACCGAACCUUUCGAAGGUGUUCAAUGAGCUGGAGAAGUCCGCGGAGGAGUUCGAGUUCGUGACAUCGCCUAACCGCCCGCACUUUAAGAUCACCACAGUAGGGAUCAUGCAGGCGGUGUUCAGCGUCGAGGUGGCCAAGACCAGUCCCAUGAUGAUGAUGUUCAACUGCAAACAGACGGUGGUGGCUCGCUACAAGAGCCAGCAGAUCCGCAUGACCAACAAGGCGAUGCAGUCGGCCACCAAGGUGGCCAUCAAAACCAACUCCGUUGGCCUCCUAGAACUGCAUCUGGUAAUGCAAGGCGAUAGUCAGGAGGAGAUAUUCAUUCAGUUCUUCAUAAUUCCUUUGCUAAACACUGAUUAAACCGAAACUCGACUAGGUAGCUAAUAAAACACAGCUUUGAAGUAUUGCUAAAAUCUUGAAAGCAUGUGAAUUUAAUCUUUUGAGGUCUCUAAUUAGUCAAUUGACAAUGGCUCUCAGGCAAAUAUAAGUUGUGUUCAGCAUUCAGUUGAAUUCUUAAGCUGGUCUUGGAAGCAUUUCCUUAAAAUGCUUAUAUUGUCAGUCGUAAUUAUUUACGUUUUAUUUGUUUCGACUUGUUAUCGAUAUGAAGAGAACAAAGGCAGUCACGAUGAAUGGAGGAACACCACCGUGGAGAUCCGUACCCAAAGACCUUCAAAAAAGAACGAAUUCCCACCACCACCCUAUUAUUUGGGCAUCAAUGACCACGAAGUGAGGGGAAACUUUGUGUCCUUGGCUUCUGGAAGACCAGCCGUCUUGUCGUGGACUCGAAAUGAACCCGACUACAAUCCCGGCGAAGAAAGUUGCGUCGCCAUUUACAAUGACUCUGAAAAGGGCAUGAUGACGAUACCCUGCUCCAAUGAAAACAACUUUAUUUGCCAGGCAGAUGGCGAAACGUAGCUGGAUCACUGAAAAGUCCAAUAAAGAAAAUUGAAUUUUUUUA